UUCAGGAAGUAUAAAUCAUGUGCAGACCAAAUUGCAACGCUACACUACGCACCAUCAUAUAACAGAGUAUAGAAUGGCAGUCAACUCUACACCUCAACUUUAUUGACUUUGAGAAGGCCUUUGACAGCGUCAACCGAGAAGUAAUUUGGAAACUGCUUCAAUACUACGGAAUACCGCAAACCUUUAUCAGCCUCAUUCAACAGCUGGCUAUAUGAAGAUGCCACAUGCCAAGUAAUUCACAAUGGGAAGCUCAGUGAUGCCUUUGAAGUGAAGACAGGAGUGAAACAAGGUUGCCUACUAUCUCCCAUGAUAUUCCUGAUUGUGGUCGACUGGACUGGAUCAUGCAGCAAACAGUGGGGAGCUGUGAGAAGAGGGGGAUACGCUGGCUGGACUGCAGAAAAGAACCUAGAAGAUCUGGAUUUCGCCAGUGAUGACUUGUGCCUGAUGUCACACAAACUUGAAGAUCUACAGACGAAAGCUAACAAGUUGUCAGAUGAGGCAGCGAAAACGGGACUUCAAGUGAAUAUAGAGAAGACAGAAGUGAUGAAGAUACCGCACCAACAACUCCAACGACAACAACAACAAACUCCAAUCACCAUCAACGGGAGAAACUCAAAGGAAGCAACCUCCUUCACCUAUCUAGACAGCACUGUUUCAACUACAGGCGACACAGGCACAGACGAGGAUGUCAAAGUCAGCCAGGAUCGGGAAAGCAAGACAGGCGUUCAUUAGCCUGAAACCAGUGUGGAGAUCUUCUGCACUCAGCAUGAUGCGUGAACAAGAUCCGGAUUUUCAACACCAACUUCAGUCAAGUCAGUGCUCCUGUAUGGCUGAGAGACUCGGCGCGUUACGAAAGGGAUUUCCAACAAACUACAGACAUUCGUCAAGAACUUUCUACGCUGUCUCGAUACUGAAGAUCAGAUGGCCAGAAAGAAUAAGCAACAAGGAGCUCUGGGAACGAACCAACCAAGAACCUAUCACCCAACAAAUAUGUAGAAGGAAGUGGAGAUGGAUUGGGCAUGCACUGAGAAGGCCGACUGGAGACAUCACGCGCCAGGUCAGGUUGUCGAGUGGAACCCAGAUGGGAAGCGACGAGUUGGGUGUCCGAGGUGAGGGUGACAUGGAGGAGAUCGUGCGAGGAGGAAAUGAGAGCUUGCGGGCUGUCGUGGAGCCAGGUUGAAAAGAUUUCAG